CAUUUGCAAAAAAACGAACUACCAGAUAAGAAGACGAGAAAAAUGAACAAUUAAAAAAAUACUACAGUGCGUACAACGAUUGGUAUAGCAAAAUAACUACAUAAAAAUAUCUCACUCAAUUUGCACUCGAAAAAAAUAAAAUAAAAAUAUAACCAUGCAAGAAGUCGGAUUUUGGUAUUCAAAACGUUUUUUUGUCGGGGUGCUGGCUUUUUUCGGUCAAAUGAACAUCUUUUCAUUGAGAGCCAAUAUUAACAUGGCCAUACUCGACAUGACGAGCAACCGUACAGAAACCAUUGGAAAUAUCACUACCACUUACGAUCCUGAAUUCGAAUGGGAUUCAAAAACCAAAGGAUUUCUUUUAGGCGUCCACUCUUAUGGAUCGUUGAUAGGAUUAGCAGGCGGAUACCUGGCUUGGCGAUUCGGAGGUUCCUCGGUCAUCUCAAUAAGUAGUCUGGUCACAUCCAUCUUAACUGUACUGAAUCCGUUCGCCAUUCGACUCAAUUUCUACCUGUUUAUAAUAUUUCGAAUUUUGGAAGGUGCUUCUGAGGGAUGCAAGUUUGUCAGCUUCCCAGAAUUAUGGACUCAGUGGUCUCCAGUACGAGACAGGUCGAAACUAAUGGCAGUGACGCUGAGUGGAAUGUACGCUGGACCAGCGAUAACGUAUCCUGUUUGUGGAUACCUCAUACAAAGAUACGGAUGGCCAGCAGCUUUCUACUUUACUGGUGGAGUUUCUCUGAUAUGGACUGUAAUAUGGUUCAUUUUCGUGCCCAAUAGUCCUGCUACAGAUAAAUGGAUAUCUAAAGAGGAACUAAACUACAUACAGCAGGAUCCUCAACAAGGCAGACCCACAAACGUGAUCUCUGUAUGGAAGAAUAUGCUGCUGAGUAAACCAGUGUACGCAUUGUGUAUUGUAAAACUAGUGUACAAUUUUGGGCUUACAGUGGUUGUAACUUGUUUACCAAUGUACAUGAAAGAUCUCACCCAUACGAGGAUUGAUAAAGUAGGUAUUUACUCGGCUAUACCAACUGUAAUAAACAUAUUCACGAUACCAGUGGUUGGAUUUAUCGUAGACUAUUUGCAGAAUAUCAACGCGUUAACCAUAUCUCAAAUACAUAAAUUAUUCGCAUGCAGCUCUUUUGCACUCGGAGGCUUAAUACUUUUCGCUAUGGGAUUUUCAUCUCAUGAUAUGAUUUUGUUGAUGGCGUAUUUGACGGUAUUCAAAUUGACAGUAUCAGUGACUUAUGUGAUAGCCAACUUGAACGCAAUUGUUUUGGCUCCAAAAUGCUCCAGUAUCGUGACCAGUUUCUUAUCACUGUUUCACAUGGCAGCAUCAGUGAUUGCUCCGCUCAUUAUCGGUUUUAUCGUUACUGAUCAUAAACCUUCUCAAUGGAACAUCUGUUUUGUGACAUUCGGAAUCAUCAGUUUAUUCGGAGCACUGACUUUUCUAAUCUACGGAUCCGGUGAACCACAGCCAUGGACAUAUUCGGUCGAACAACAACCUACAGAAUGUGAUGAUGUACCCAAAGAAAAUAAACUUGGUGACUGAACCUGUAGAA